AUGCAGCGCCUCUUCUGGAGCCUCCGGGCACUCCCGACAACGUUCGUCACUCCUCUACGAUUCUCGCGACCAGCUCUCCAAACCAUACCCGUCCGUGCCUUUGGCAGCGAGCGCUCCGCCCCCAAAGCAGCCGAGAAGGCCUCCGCGCAGUCAGGCGGCUCCCGCUCCAAGGACGCAGUCGAGGCCGAGACCGGCACGGGCCCGCAGGGCGGCACCGUCCCAGACGGCCUGGCGACGGGCGACGCGCGCGGUCGCACCGGCGGCGGCGAGCCCCUCAAGAGCUCCGAGCACGCGCCGCCGCAGCCCAAGAUCUUCAACGCGCAGGUCUCGAUCGACAGGAAGAACGACAUGACGGACGAGCAGCAGGCCGAGGUGGAGGCGCACAAUCGUGACUUUGAGAGCAAGCACGACAGGGCCGAGUCCGCGGCGGAGGAUAAGGUGGACAAGAAGUUCUGGCAAGGAGGGGGCAACAGGUCAGAGGAGAAGAUGUGA